CUCAAUUAUUCCUUCGCGGAACCUCUCGCUCAAGAUGUUGUCCAAAGAAGGCAUGGGUAUGGUAGCAAGCUCCUGUGAACGAAUACAUACUAAUGUCAACAUCCACAACCAACAACAACAGCGCCUCGAUCAAGAAUGAUGAUCCAGAAUCCGGUUCCGAUUCGAGCGGCCGCCAGUAUGCGUCGAUUGCCGAAAUGUGGAAUGCCCAGGGAGUGGGUGCCUAUACUCCCCGCUCCCAGAUCCAACAAGUGUGGUAUGACAAGGCCACAGAUUGGUACGAAGAGAAUUGUCCUGCAACGGUGGAUGGCGUCUUGGGUGGUUUUGCGUCCAUCAGUGAGAUUGAUUUGAAGGGGUCCCAUGCAUUUUUACAAGAACUGCAGCAGCAACAACAACAACCCACAUUGGAUUGGACCCUGGGGGCUGGUUGUGAAUGUGGAGCUGGAAUUGGCCGUGUUACCAAGGGUUUGCUACUACCAUUGGGAGUGACUCAGGUUGAUUUGGUGGAAUCGUCGUCUCGAUUGCUAUGCGAGAGUCCCGAGUAUAUCGGCGAAGAAGGAGCGGCCAACUGUAAAUUUUAUUGCAGUGGUUUGCAAGAUUGGACUCCUCCAUCGGGCCGGUAUUAUACCAUUAUCUGGAUUCAAUGGGUCUUGAUAUAUUUGACGGAUGACGAUGUCAUUUGCUUUUUGAAUCGAUGUGCGGAUUCACUGCUACCGAAUGGCAAGGGAGUGAUCGUGGUGAAAGAAAAUACAACUGGUGAUGGGGAAACCUUUGUGGUGGACAAUGACGAUGUAUCAGUCUGUCGAUCGUUGCCGUAUUGGUUGAAGUUGAUUGAAAAGGCUGGUCUGAAAGUGGUUUACCAAAAGAUGCAAACGGACUUUCCCCCCGACAUCUUUCCAGUUCCCAUGCUGGCAUUGACAAAACAAUAACAAUCAUCAACCACUACUUGCUAGCUACCGGUAGCUUGUAUCUGACUUAGUUAGUAUGAGAAUAUAUUGUAAAAGGAGGAAAGAAGAUAGCAGACAGGGGGUAGCAUUAGAAUGGACUUCUAGCUAGACUUGUACUGGUGGAUGCGAGCGGAUUAGUGCAAGGGCUCCGUGCAAUUUCUAAAACCAUCACGUUUUAC